AUGAACUCCCGAGAGCAGUCUGAUAUGCCUCCGGCGCCCUCCUAUCCAUCUCCCAACAGCGCGCAGAUGGCCCAGGGCGCCAUGCCGUACUACAGCAACCGCCAGCUCACCACAGACGAACUCCUUUCCGCGGAACUGUCGCGCGAGGCCUCUGGCCCUGGCCUGGGCGAUGGAUCGAGCAAUGGUGUCCAUCAUGGCCAAGGAAUGGUGUUGGGCUCAUCGAAUGCCGGCGACAUGGGUCGUCCCUCGUCCGAGGACCAGCACCAGCAUCAGCACAUGCUGCAGUUCCCCCCAAGCCAGCAGGUGGGCGUUGACCCAAAUCACGACUUGAGCUAUGGGGAACAGAGUGCGCGUAAGCGUUCGAAGAUUUCCAGGGCCUGUGACGAAUGCCGGCGCAAGAAGGUCCGAUGUGAUGCAAGCUCGGAAACCGGCCUCGAGACAUGCUCGAACUGUCGUCGCCUGGGAGUUGUAUGUCAAUUCAGUCGCGUGCCCAUGAAGCGCGGACCCAGCAAAGGUUAUAUAAAGGAACUCGCCGAACGAUUGCAUACCCUCGAAAGCCAGAUGCAACCAGGCAUCGUCCAGCCCGACGUUCCCUACCAGUCCAUGAACGAGGUGAAUCUCUCCCGAGGCUACCAAGACUUCACUUCGCCCGUGGAUCCAGGCUCUGCCAAUCGCAAGCGAACCUACUCUGUUUUCGAAGGUCUCCCAAGUUCUUCCUUCGCCCAGCCCUCUUUCAACGGCCGCGGAUCGCAGAAUGCCUUCGAUACCUCGGACGCAACAGCCGACCCAUAUAACCCGACGAUCGCGAGCGGCGGCGCGUCCAGGCCUGGCAACCUCUUCUGGAACCCGACUGGCAACGAGCAGGACCUGCCGAGCGGCCUGGAGAUGACGGACCUGCCCAGACACGAGGGCGAUGAUGAUAUAACGCCUGUCAACCUUGACGAGGGCGCUUUGGAUGCGUACUACCAGAAGGUCCACACUCUUUUGCCUAUCCUGCCGCACACCAGGGAGCGGACAUUGGAACUGCUCCACCAGUGCAGUCGUGAAACCCAGGAGAUCUUUUGCUACGCGCUAUAUACGGUUACCCGGACUGACUUGUCGCGUGUCGCGGGCAACUUUGAAAAAGUCACGUCAUUUGACAAUGCCCAAGACCUUCUCCUAUACCACACCCGCCAGCCAUUGAUUGUCCACUCUACCGCGGUCAACCUCAUUUGGCUGCAGACUCUGAUCCUGAUGAUCAUUGACUGCGACACGCGUGGCCCCGAUAAUUUUGUCCUCAAGGAUGGCAUUCCGAAGCACACCUUGGUCCAGGCUGCCAGCAAGCUGGGCUAUGACCUGGCCAAGAGUCAGGGCCAGCUAAGGAACAAGCGGGUUACGGAUCCGGAUGUUGACUCGGAUUCUAACCUCACUCGUCGUAACUGGGUCUCAUUCAUUAUCCUGGCUCGCUGGUACGCUAUUAGUGUGGCCGAUGCGACUGUCAUCGGAGGACAAGAGAUUGGCGGCCGUGAAGAUGAGCGAGUCGUUGGCCAGAUUACUACUGGGGUCGCUUCCUACUCAACCUUCCUCUCCGAGAUGGUCACCCUCGCCACCGUUGAGCACAACGUCUGCCAAACCAACACCGGCCUCGGUCGCAUGGUCGGCGCCAACCUCGUCGCCUCGCUUGAGCGCCUCGCCGAGAUGGAGGAUGUCUUCAAGGUGCAAGAGCUGCCCGAGAGCACCACCCGCCCGCUUUUCGAAAGCCUCCAAGCCCAGCUCUACUGGACCGUCCGCCUCCUGAUCAAGCGCCACGUCUUCGUCUAUAGCCCCUACGAGAUCAUCUACUGUGCCCAAGAGGUAAUCAACGAGCUGCACAGAGCAACCCUGCAAAACCGCCUACCGACACCCUUCGAUCUGCAUAGCCUGGCCCUCGCCUCAAUGACUCUCCUUGAGGCCACCGUCCUCCCUGAACACGGCGACGACUGCUGGAGCUCGCUGGAGAAGGUCGAAGAUAUCCUUGACCACCGCUCAAAGCGUGCGAUCGAGGCGACCGAGUUCGACAAUAUCUUCGGCACACCCGGUUGGGACGCCAAGAUCCGUGUCUUCCUCGAGUGGCGCCGCGCGAAGUCCCAAGAGUCCCUGCUCCAUGAGGCCGCCGGCGUGGGCAAGGUUGGCGCGGGCGGCCAGCCCCCCGUCAUGGGGCCGAAUGAGCAGCGCUCCCUCCAGCAUCUAGCCGAUCUGGCUGUUGGAGCUGAGGGCUCUGUUGGCCAGAAUGCGUCGACACCACCUCCUGGGCUGUCUGCCGAUCACGGCGAGACGUCGCCGAACCUUGCGCCGCAACUGGCGCAGGGGGUGGCGGGACUGGUCGUGUUGUGGUGGACUUCACCAUGCUCACAAAGGAGGGUUAUCUGA